CCAAAUACUGCUAAGGCAAAUGCAUUCGAAUUCUUAGGGAAGGAACAUCCUAUAAACAACAAAAGACCUUGACCAACGCUUGACCGCUCUCCGCUUGCGCGGAGCGGGCAGUAUUUUGCUGCUGUUGUUCUCCCUUACGCAUUUAAGCGUUAAAUUUGUGAAGCUCUAGGGUAGAACCAUUUAUGAAGCGGUUCCGCGUCCCUGCCGGUGUCCCUAGCAUGCCGCGUGGCUGAGCAAGACAGCGCUCACAGGGACGAGCUAGCGCUUGACCAGCUAUGGACGUUGCAUCAAUAACAACGGCGGGGUAUGGCGGCCGGGUGACUUUCCUGGAUGACACCACGCUCGCCUACGCCAGUGGCCAUGGCGUGGUGCUGCACGAGACGGACUCCGGCCUGCAGCGCCACAUCUGGACGCUGCCAGAGGGCAACGGCCACCCGCCGCCCAACCACACGGGCGCGGUGUUCGCGGCCUGCCCGCACGGCCACCUGCUGGCCUACGUGCAGCAGGCCGCCAGCGGGCAGCAGCAGGUGCAGGUGGUCAGCCGGGAGUCGCUGCAGCCGGCAUCCACCAUCAAGGACGCCGGCAACAAGCUGCUGGAGUUCAGCUGGCUGGCCUUCAACGGGGACGGCACACGCCUGCUCACGCUGGGCGGCGGGCCGGACAACCAGAUGGACGUGUGGGACGUGGACUCCAAAGAGGCGCUCAUCCGGGUGUGCCUGCCAGACGCCCUGACCGGACUGGAGCCCGCAUUCUUCCCAGCCAACCACGACGUGCUGGCGGUGGCCGGCCCCGCCGCGGCGCGGGUGGUGUGGGCGGAGCCGCUGGCGGGCACGCACGUGGUGCGGCAGAGCGAGGUGGAGCUGUCCGUGCUGGCGGGCGGGGAGCAGCUCAGCAGCAUGUGCUGGACCCCCAACGGCACGCUGCUGCUGGGCACCACCUCGGGUCGCCUGCUGGCCGUGCGCAACGCCGCGCCGCCGGCCGUGCCCGCCACAGGCUGGGGCGUGGCGCCCUCCGGCGGCCACCUCGCAGAGCUCAUCUACGGCCCCGCGACGCCGCUGCCGCCGCAGCCGCAGCCGGCGCCGCCGCCGGCGGCGCUGCUGCCGCCGAGCCUGUUCAUCGGGGCAGGCGGUGCGGGCGCGGCAGUGGCGGCGGCGGGCGGGGUGCCGGCGGCGAGGAGCGGCGUGGUGGCGGUUGUGGUGACGGCGGUACACGUCAUCCUCGUGCUAGCAGGAGACUCCAAGACCUCUGCCCAGCUGGUCUGGCUCAGCUCGCCCCAAAGCGCGCCCGGCCACGCCAGCAGACCCGCCGACAACCCCCUGCACGGCGGCGCCGCCACCGCCACCACCACCACUCACCACAGUGUCACCUUCAGCAGCGGCGCCGCCAGCCCCAGCGCCGGCGCGGUCUCCUUCUCCUCCGCCUCCUCACCGGGGCAGCUGACGCUGUCUGGCUCGGCUGUGCUGCCGCUUCGCUCCCUCAUCCGGGCCGUGGCCUCGCCCUCCUUUGAGCAGCUGGCACUGGUGUCGGCAGACGGCGCCGUCGUGCUGGCCGGCACCUCCUGCCCCACCUCCGCGCACGGCGGCGCCGGAGGCGGCGGCGCCGCCGCCACCGGUACGCUGGUCCGCGCCGGCCGCGCCAGCGCCGGUAGCAACAGUGACAACCCGUACUUUGUUGGGGAGGCCUCCGGCGCUGCAGGCGGUGGCUUUCCCGGGCUGUCGGGAGCCUUUGCCGGCGCGCUGGCCUCGGGCGCGGUGCCGCCGGCCGUGGCGGCGCUGGCUGGCGGCGGCGGCGGCGGAGGUGGAGGUUCCGGCGGCGACUCGCCGCGCAGCAUGAGCAGCCGCACCAACAGCAAGAGCGGCAUGCUGGUAGCCACGGGGUACGCGGCGCGAGGCGCGCCGGUGGCGGUGAUGGAGGUGGCGCGCUUCCACCGCGGCCGCGUGGCAGCGGCGCUGUGGCUGUCGCCCACGCGGCUGGUCACGGGCGGCGGUGACGGCACCGUGCGCAUGUGGAGCUACGUGCCCACCGACGCGCCCACGCCCGAGGACCUGCCCUGCCCCUCGCCCGCCCUGCUCCUGGAGGCUAUCUGGCAUGUGGCCCAGCCCGUCACCUGCAUGGCCGCACUGCACCCGCCGCAGCCGCCGCAGCCGCCCGCCGCACCCGGCUCGCCCCGAGCCGGCGCCGGCGCCAAGAGCAACGGAAGCGGCAACAGCAACGGCAACGGCAGCAGCAGCGGCCCUGAGGGUGGUGGUGCUGCUGCCGGGGGCGGGGGCGGGGGCAGCGGCGGCGCGCCGCCCCCGGCGUUCCUGCUGGGCACGUCGGGCGGCGUGGUGCAGCUGGUGAAUGCGGACCGGGUGCCUGCCAACGCGGCGGACGCGGCGGACCUGAACCACCUGGCGCGCAGCCUGGCCUCCACCUGGGAGGUUCGGCUGUUCGGAGGGCCCGUCACCGCCGCAGCCUUCUCGCAGGACGGGCAGUACUGCGCCGUGUCGUGCGUGUCUGAGGGCCGGCUGGCCUUCCUGCGGGUCAUGGGUCUGGGCCACGAGGUGUCCAUGCGCCUGCUGGGCUUCUACCCCAUGAGGGAGCCGCGCCUGCUCGCCUGGGCGCCGCCGGAGCCGGGAGCCCACACGCCUCACCUGGUGGUGGGCUCGCUCCUUGGCGAGGUGGUGGUGCUGCGCCUCCCCGACAACUCGGCGUUGGAGGCCGCGCCGCCAGACGGCAAUCUGCCGCGAGGCUCCCUCAUCGUCGCCACACUGCGCGCGCAGUCCCUCAUCUCCAGCCUGGCGGUCUACCCCGCCGCCGGCCCCGGCGGCGGCAGCGGCGCGAACGCCGGCGGCUGGUUCUGGGUGUUCACCGCGCACAGCGACAAGAGCAUACGCCGCUACCGCAUGUGCACCGAGCAGCAGCGCGCAGCGGGCGCGGUGGCAGCGCGCGCCGCGGCCGCCGCCGCCGCGGCGGCGGCAGCCGCCGCAGCCGCCGACAACGGCCCCGGCUCUGACGCGCCGCCCACGCCCACCGGCCAGUACCGCUCAGGCAUUGGCGGCGCAACGCACGGGCACGGGCAUGGACACGGUACCUCCGGCGGCGGCGCCGCCGGGCACGCCAGCCACGGCUACAGCCGCGCGAUGUCAAUGGCGCCUGGAUCCCAAAACUUCCAACUGCCGGAAUCCGAAAAGCCCAUGGAGCUGCAGCUGGCGGCUACAGCCAUGUGCAUCAGCCCGCCCUUCACGGUGGGGCCGGAUGGGCACGUGACCAGCGCCGCCGCCGCCGGCGCGGGCGCCGCCGCCGCCGCCGCGGGCGGGCCGGCGCUGCGUAUGGUUGUGGCGAGCUGCGACGGUUCCGUGGCUGUGUACGGCCUUCCAGAAAUCAGCCUGCAGGGCCGCUGGCUGCUGCACGAGAUGGCGGCGGGCGGCGCCACAGCGGUGUGCCUGCUGGGGGAGCGCCUGCUGACGGCGGGGGGCGAGGGCACCGUGCAGGUCCUGGAGCUGGCGACGGCCGCCAACCGCGCCCGCCACGCCAACGCCGCGGCGCGGGCCUCGCACAUGGGCGGCCCCGGCGGCGGCCCCGGCCUGGGGCUGGCGUUAGCGGGCGUGUCAGUGGCGGGCAGCGUGGCAGCGAUGACGCAGCGGAGCGCGGUGUUCGGAGCCAUCGGGCCGCCGCGGCCCAAGGGCUUCGAGCGCGCGGGCCUGGGGGCGCUGGUGCCGGUGCACGUGCGCGCGCUGCUGCCCGGCAUACACACCUCCGCGGACGGCGCGCCCACGUGGCAGCAGGCGCGGUCCCAGGCCGUCCAGCAGCUGCACCGCGAGAAGCUCAACGCCUUCCGGCAGCGCGUGGCCGCCAAGUGCGCCACGUGGGCCGACAAGAUCGCCGAGCUCAAACAACUCAACGAGGCAGCGGACGAGGUGGAGCGUCUGACGCCCGAGGAGUUUGUGAUUGACACGGCGUUGCAGCAGCGGUUGGCGGCGGAGGGCGAGGCGCGCUACGAGCGGCUCAAGCGGCAGCUGCUGAGGCAGAUGCGGGCCAUGGAGGUGGUUCGUGCCCGCCUGAAGGAGGUGUGUCUGGGCGGUGUGGAGGCUCUGAGCCGGCCGCUGGAGCCGCUGGGCGAAUACGCCUUCAUCACCCCAAUGGACCCCUCGGAGGCCAAGAAGUACAAGUUCGAGGGCGAGGCGGCCGCGGCCCGCACCGUGGCUGACGGCGGCGUGUGGUCGUAUGGCAUCAAGAAGCAGAGCGAGGCGGCGGCACGGCGCGCGCGCCAGGUGUCCUUCCUUCGCAAGGUGGAGCAGGCGGAGGCGGCCACCCUGUACCCGGCCGAGCGCGGCGGCGUGGUGCCGCUGCGGCGCUACAAGGGCGACAUGACCCGCCGCUUCAACCUGGGCGGAGACGAAGAGGGCGGAGGCGGAGAUGCGCAGCAGCAGGCCGACCAGCAGCAGCAGCAGCUGCAGCGGGCGCCCUCCGCCGCCGCCUCGCGCUACGACGAGUCUGAGUGGGACUAUUACGAGGACGGCGGCGCGGGCGGCGGAGAGGGAGGGCCGCCCGCCGGGGGCUUGGCACGGUCGGCCACUCGCCGGAGUCGCGAGGACGCCUUUGAGGGCUGCGAGCUGGGCUACGGCGAGACGGGGCUGCUGUACUCAGACGUGCAGCUGUACUGCCAUUGCAGGCGGGCGGCGCAGGUGGUGCUCAUACAGGAGGAGAUCCGCGCCCUGCAGCGGCUGUUCAACAGCAAGUGGCAGCAGGCCCGGGCCGCCAAGCAGAAGGCCCUGGACCGGGCUGAUGAGCGGCUGGGCCGCAUCGUCGAGAUCCAAAAGGACCUUACUCGCCUGGCUCUGGAGGAGGGCUGUGGCGAGGCGCCCGCCCCCGCGCCGCAGCACGUGCCGGGCGGCUUCUACGCCUGGAGUCCGGCGGAGGAGAUGGAGGCGCUGGCGGACGUGCGGGAGGAGGAGGUCAAGGCCGCCAAGUACCAGUCCCCCGAGGAGCUGGCCCGGCACGCCGCGGCUCAGGCGCUGGAGGACGCGGCGCGACGGCGUGCCGAGGCGGACGACGCGCGCAACCGGGCGCUCAAGGAGAUGAUGAACGCCAACCCCGCAGUCACACGCGGGAAGCAGGGCGGCAAGAACAGGCUGGUCCGCGAGCCGUGGAUGGACCUGCCGCCCGGCCAGAUGAGCAAGGAGCAGCGGCUCAAGCUGCAGGAGUGGGAGCGGCGGCUGGCGGAGGCGGCGGAGGAGACGGAGAAGCAUCGGCGGCUGCUGGAGGCGGAGCGGCGGGCGCUGGAGGUGGAGAUCGUGGACGCGGCGGCGGCGGUCAACACGGAGCUCACACGGCUCGCGCACGCCAAGGUGCGCAUGGAUAUGGAGCUGUGCCACCUGGAGCGGCGGGCGGUGGAGGUGGCGGCCACGGUGGACGCACUGGCCACUGCGGACAAGGUCCGCGCGGUGCUGGGUGCCCAGCUGUCCACACUGACGGGCCGCCGCUCGCGCCGCGUGCCACUGCUGGCGGCGCUGGAGCAGCGGGCGGCGGUCAGCCAGCGCGAGUACGACGACAUCGCGCUGGCGGAGAAGCAGGUGGACAAGGCCUUCCGCCGCGAGUACAGCAGCCGCCCCGAGUGCUGGGACGACUGCCAGAAGAUCUACCGCGACCGGGCCGCGCUGCUGCAGCACCUGCAGCCGCACCCCUCGCAACCCCCCUCGCCGCAGGGGGGCCAGCCCAGCGCCGACGACAACCUAGCCGCAGGCGGCAGCCACGGGCACGGAAACGGCACGGAGGGCGGCGGAGCCGCCGCAGGAGGAGGAGGAGGAGGGGGAGGAGGCAAGGGGCCUGCGGCCCCGCAGCAGCCGCGGCUGCUGCCUCGCAAGACGGCGUUGGAGUUGUUGGGCAAGAGCCCGGAGGGGCUGGUGCUGGCGGCGGCGCUGGACGCGCCCGGGCCCGGCGGCGGCGGCGGUGACCCGUCGCUGUCGCGAUCCGUGUCGCUGGCCAACGCACCCAGCCGGCAGCCCAGCAUCGUGCACCGCAUGAUGAGCCGUCGUGUGGGCGGCGACGGCCCGGGCGGCGGCGGCGGUGGUGCCGACCGCGGCCCCGCCGGCCCCGACGUGCUGCUGACCACCCCGCGUGGUGUGGUGCCGGACAUGGCGCUCCACGCCCGCCCCCAGCCGCGGCCCGGCUCGCCACUGCACGACUACGCGCAGCGACACAACGCGGCAAGGCCGGCGUCGCCCCUGGAGGAGGCCACUCGGCGGGCGGCGCCGCCCCGGGGGUCCGCCGCCGCCAACGCCGCCGCCGCCAUGGCCCGCAGCCGCUCGCUGCCGCGCUCCCUGUCACGGCACGUGGAGCGGAGCGCCAGCUUCGCAGCGGGGGCCGCCAAUGGUGGCGGUGGUGGUGGUGGUGGCGGCGCGGCACAGAGGUCGCGGGUGCCGGGGGCGCGGCUGCGUGCUCUGGCGGACAAGUCGGGUCUGCCUCUGGAGCCGCUGCUGCAGAUGGUGGCGGAUGGCGCUCACUCCUCCACCCUGGCCGCCGACCUGGGUCUGUUGGGUCUGGCCCUAGCUGCCAACCCCCCAAACAGCCUGGACCCCUUCAAGCUGGACGGCCCUCUGAAGCUGUUCAACCCCAUCGCCACCGGCGCCGCCGAGGCACUGGCGGGGCAGGGCGGCGGCGGCGGAGCCGGCGGCGCAGCCAGCGUGGGCUACGGCGGCGGCGGCGGCGAGGCGGGUGCUGGCGGCGGCGGCGGCGGCGGCGGUCGCGACGCGCGCAGCUCGGCUUCUGGCGCGCGCACUGCCAGUCGGGCCAACAGCGUGGGACAGGGCGAGGGCGUGGUGCCCGAGGACGAGGACGAUGAGGCCGAGCUGCUGUCUUCGCGCGAGCGGCCCGAGGGCCUCGACGACGCGGCCUGGGUGCGACUGCUGGAAUUCAGGCAGACACGCGCGGAGCUGGAGCUGGACGCUGCGGACGCGUGGCGGCGCGUGUGUCUGGUAACGGCCCAGUGGGACGCACUGGAGGCUGAGGACGCCGAGCUGGAGGCACAGAUUGAGGAGGCGGGCGGGCGUGCGGCGGCGCUGCGUGACGCGGCUGUGCGGCUGGCUCUGGAUGUGGUGCUCACGUACAGGCUCAAGAACGGGCAGGUGGAGCUGCCCGAGGUGCCCGGUGACCUGGUGGUGGGCGGCGGCGAGCUGGCGGGUCAGGCGCUGGCGCUGCACCGCAACCGCAUCGAGGCGCUCAACGAGGAGGUGCUGGAGCGGGGGGAGGGCAAGGCCGCGCUGCGCGACCCCGGCCUGGCCGACCGGCUGAACGACGAGGCCCGGCUGGCGGUGCUGGCACAGUCGUGCGCCAACCUGCACGCCCACCGACUGGCGCAGCGCCGCCGCACAGCCGCCACCCUGGGCCGGCGGCUGGGGCGCGGCGACGCGGAGGCGGGCGAGCUGGCGGUGGCGGAGGCGGCGGCGGAGGCGGCGUACGCGGAGAGCAGCCGCAUGCACACCAUGAUGAGCAGCGCGCAGGCCGCCGAGGACGCCGCGCAGCGCCGGCACAUGCGCUCCCUGGUCACCAACGCGCAGCUCAAGGCCAUCGCGCAGCAGCAGGGCGAGGAGCUGCAGCGGCUGGCGGCGGAGGUGGCAGCGGCGCACGCACGCAGCUUCCCGCGCAUCCCGCCGCUGCAGGCCGCCGCCGCGCCCUGGGUGCCGCCGGACUACAAACUGCCGGCAGGGUCUGGGGCGGCGGCGGUGGUGGGCGCGGUGGCGGCGUCGCGGCCAGGAACUGGGGCGGGGGGCAGGAGUGCGUUGGGUAGCCGGGGUGGUGUGGGUGGCGGUGGGGGUGGCGGCCUGGGGGGCUCGCGGCCGCCGUCUGCGCUGCCGCUGCCGGGGUCGCAGCGUGGGGCUCUGCGGCCCUCCAGUCAGCAGCCCAGGCCGGUGGGCGCGGCGGGCGGGGUGGGCCCGGCGGCGGCGGCGGCGGCGGCUGGGGGGCUGGGUAGCGGCGCCCUGGGCUCGCGGCCGGGGAGCAGCAUGAGUGCGCGAGGGAGCAGCAGCAGCGGCGGCGCGGGCGCGAGCUUGACGCGGGCGUAUGCGGCUGCGGGGGCGGCGGCAGGGGUGGCGGGCGGCCCCCCGGGGGCGGGUGGUGGUGGCGGAGGCGGUACGGCGCGGCUUCCGCCUGGGGUGCGGCCGGGCACUGGCUCGUCCCGCCGGCAGUGAUGAUGUUGGUGAUGGUGUCCUUUGUGGGCAAGCAGUAGGUUGCAGCAUUGUUGCUGGCUGCACACUACCGUAUUGCGCAUCGUUGAAGUGGCUUGCAGACGUCCGUGAGUGUGGACAGCGGUAGGCGUAUGCCGGCACGGGCCCCUAUGGACCCAUUUAUUAAUUUGGGCGGUAGGUGCGCCAACCGUGCAUCCCGGCCGUCGCCGGCACAUAGCUCUCAUCCAUCCGCCUCUCGUCGGGAGGGGCGGGGAUGGGCAAGAGGGGUUAUGCCAACUUGCAAGGCAGAAGGAAGGGAGGCGGAGAAAGCCACUCCAAGCCGAUAAAAGUGAUCACGAC